GCUCUACCAUUUCCUCUCUCAUCAGCAAAAACCAAAAUUUCCUUUUGAGUUUUCUGCUUCAAUAUUCUCGUUUCAUUUUGGGUUCUGGGUUUUGGUUCUUGAAUCAGAUAGAUAGAAUUCAAUAGAGAAAAUCAAAUUAUUAUGGGUCAGCAGUCAUUAAUCUACAGCUUCGUUGCAAGAGGCACAGUAAUUUUGGCAGAAUAUACAGAAUUUACAGGGAAUUUCACAAAGAUAGCCUUUGAAUGCCUGCAAAAGUUGCCAGCUUCAAACAACAAGUUUACUUACAAUUGCGAUGGUCACACCUUCAAUUUCCUUGCUGAAAAUGGAUUCACCUACUGCGUCGUUGCUGUUGAAUCUGCUGGUCGACAAAUUCCCAUUGGCUUUCUAGAGCGUGUUAAGGAUGAUUUUAACAAGAGAUAUGGAGUGGGGAAAGCUGCAACUGCAAGUGCCAAUAGUUUGAACAAGGAAUUUGGGCCGAAAUUGAAAGAGCAAAUGCAGUACUGCAUCGAUCAUCCUGAAGAAAUUAGUAAUCUCGCAAAAGUCAAUGCUCAAGUUUCCGAAGUUAAGGGAGUAAUGAUUGAAAAUAUUGAGAAGGUUCUUGAGCGUGGAGAAAAGAUUGAGAUUUUGGUCGAUAAAACUGAGAAUCUCCGAUCAGAGGCAGAGUUUUAUAGGACAAGAGGGACGCAAUUGAGGAGAAAAAUGUGGCUUCAGAAUAUGAAAAUUAAAUUGAUUGUGUUGGCUAUCAUCAUAGCUGUGAUUUUCAUCAUCAUUUUGUCUGCGUGCGGUGGCUUUAGCUGUUGAUACUCGAUACAGGGUAGGAUUGUACUUGCUAGAAUGAUCGACUCUACUUUUUCGAUAUUCAUUCACACGUAGUGAGAACUUGCCCUUAUAGCCUUCUUUAUUAGAUGGCUUGUAUUUCGAUCUUUUGUAUGGGCAGUCUAAUGAAGCACAUAAGGUAGAAAAUAGUUUGUAUAAUGUAAAAUUCUUUGCUUGUUACAUUGAUAUAUAAUGUGUGAUUUCUUGAUUGUCACCUAUGUUUUCC